GCCAGUCCCUUUUCCCACCCCGGCUCUCGCCUCCGAGCCAGUCUUCCGGGUACAGCAGUGAAAAGGGCCCGUCUUCGCCUUCCCUCCCAACUCCCAGCAGAUGUGCUGACUCCGCGCAGCUAUGACCGCAGCAGGGACCGAGAGGCGACCAGGAGCCCAAGAGGGGACGGCGGAAGGGCCUGCACAGCUCUCGGAGGCACCCCGUGGCCACGUUCAGAGCUCUGAGUGUCCAGUAAUGGGAAACCAGGGCCUGGUGUCAGCCCAUGAGGCCUGUGGGACCCAGGGUGAAGACAGGCGUCCAACAGGACCAGUCUCAGAGCCGGAGCUCCAGGAGGAACGACUCAAGCUGGAGGAAGAGCGGCUCAAGCCAGAGGUGGAGGCACUGGAGGAGAGAGGCCCCAGGCCUAUGGCCUCUGUUGUGAGGUCCAGUCAUGGUCCCAAGAGGAAGCUAGUCAAGGCUAUUCCCUCCUGAAGCCUCCUGUCCCCCAGCCUCCCAGGGCCUAGUCACCAAGCCCAUCCUAGGGCUGAAGCUGAGCUGCCCCAGGGACUGCCGCUGCAGAGAGAGGACCUGGAAGGUAGCCAGAGCGAGCCUUCGCCAUCUACCAAACAGCACAAAAAAGCCAAGAAACGCAAGAGUCUGGGCGCCCCAGUACUCCCAGCUGUGGCCAGCACAGCGUCUGCACCCUCAGAGACCUUGGGGCUAGAGCGAAAGGCCCAACGCUUACGGCCCCUGUACCAGUACAUCAACUAUUGCAACCCUGAGCUGAACGAGGCAGGGGAAGCGGAGAGGGAGGCUGAGGCCGAGGUGGAACCUGAGUCGGACCCAACCCUGGUCCCCAAGGAGGCAUGUGUGGAACAACUGCCAGCCUCGCUGCCAGUGGCAGGUGAGCUGGGUUCAGGCCGCACUUUGCCCUGCCCCAGUAUGUUCGUGUCUCCCACCCAUGCUCUGGUUCCCCUUGGAGAGGAGGCUGCAGAGGAGCCUGGGGGUUUGCCCGGCUUGGGGGUCAGUGGCCUCCUCAAGACCGAGAUGGAUAAGUCAACUCAGGUGGACAUCAGCAAGAUGCUAAGUGUCUGCGCUGCCCCACUUGUACCCCCACUGUCUCCUCAGUACAAGUGACUGUCCCAUCCCAGGGGUUGCUCCUCUGUUCCCAAGCCAGGGCCAGAGCACAGCCUGUGGGCUUCAGCCCUCAGGUGAAAGGGGGAAUUCUGCCCUGCCUCAACUUGGGACCUUGAACUUGCUGAAAAUAAAUGUUUUUCCUUUUUCUCAGACUUCGACUUCCCAAAUAAGACACCUGAAGUGGGAGAGCCUGGGAAGGGUGGAGGAUUCCCCAGGGCAGGGUUUGAAGCCUGACUGGUCAUCUGGAUCGCCCAGGAGUCUGACAAAAGUAUAGAUUCGUGGGCACUACCUCAGGUCUAACUGAAUCAAUCUGCAGGGGU